AUGGCGGCUGACGCCACGUUAAAGCCUUCUUGUCAAAAAUCCCACGACAAUCUGUUCUUUGACUACGUUGGAGACCAUCCAAAAUGGAAGCCAGUAUCUCUAACUCACGUAGAAUAUCCUAAAGGAGAUUACCUGGGAUUUGCCUUGGCAUGGUGCAGUCUGAUGCCCAUUCAUAUAAUCGUUGGAAUGAUAACUUUAAUAAUAUUUCGUAGAGAAUUACAUACGGUGACGUUUCUUGGUGGUUUAUUUGUAAAUGAAAUAUUAAAUAUGGUAGUAAAACACACUUUGGCUCAGGCAAGACCAUGUGCAAAUCACAUUUAUGAACACUCUUCUUAUGGAAUGCCAUCAGAUCACUCACAAUUCAUGGGAUUUUUUGCUGUAUAUAUGGUACUCUUUAUAUAUUGUAGGUUACACUAUUCCCAAUCCACAACAAUGUGGGAUGAUUUACUAGAUAAUUUAUGGAAGCAUGUUGUGGCUUUUGGCACCAUUGCAUUGUCAUUAGCAGUUGCAUUUAGCAGAGUUUAUCUGAGAUAUCACGACAUUAACCAGAUAUCAGCAGGGCUGGUCAUAGGAGGUGCCAUGGGUGUGGCAUGGUUUAUUUUUACUCAGACAGUAUUAACUCCAAUGUUUCCAGUUAUUACAGCAUGGCCUGUUGCAGAAUAUCUCAUGUUGAGAGACUCAACUCUUAUUCCAAGUGUCAUGUGGUUUGAAUAUACCCAGUCAAGGGCAGAAACAAGGAAACGGCAGAGAAGAGGAUCUCACAAUAGUUAUUACAAGUCACAUUCUCAGUAAGACCACAUGAAGGUGAUAUAAUCAAUCAACCAAGAAAGGUCAGCAGUCCAUCCAGGAACCAACUGCCCGUCAAGUUACCCUAAAGAGUGAUCAAACCCUUAUAUCCAACCAUAAUACGCCCUUGCCUAUUUUGCAUCAUUCUUGCAUUGAUGCAACGAUUUUAUAGAAUUUUGAUCAAAGUCGAAAAUCUCCCCAAUAAAACCAUAURAUACAUUGACUAGGGCUUUGGAGAAUUUGCUUUCUGAACAUUUGGAAAGUCCAUAUAAAUUAUAUCAACUAACAGUAGUAUUUCUUCCAAUUUAUCUGACAUGCAUUUGCAUGUCUAAUAGAAUUAGACAACUUUGACACUUGACUAUGCAUGGAAAAUAACAAAAGCUGUUAUUACAUGUAGUUCAAGUGUCCAAUAUUUUAUUUAGCAAAUGAAAGGGGAAUAUUUGUUCUCUUAAAACAAAUAUAUCAUAUCAUACCUCUAUAUUGAUUUAUUCAUACUGUUAGUCAAUCAUGAGCCGUUUUAUAGUUUGAGAUACAUGUGUAACAUCAUUAUUGUACAUGAUGUACAUGUAUUGUACAGUUUGUACAUGAAAGAAACCAUAUUUAUCAUAUAAUUAUCUAUGAAAUACAGUMCUAUAUUUCUCACUUUCAAAAAGGUGGUAUUUUCACAUUCAAGUGAAAAGAACACAUUUAUGGUAUCUCUAUAUAUAUUGGAGGACUGUUAUUUUACGAUGUAAUCUUGUUUCAUAGAAAAUUAUGAUGAUAUAACCAGAAUAUUACAUGGUCGCUUGGAGAUAUUGAUUUUACCUCUUGUGUAUGCUAUGCUCACUUGUGAGAAAUCUUUUCAACACUCAAAGAUAAAAUCCAUAUCCCUGCAGGCACAUGUAACAUUCUAUGUUGCAUGUACAGAUCAUUAUCGAAUUGAUGAGCCUUCCUCACAGUCUUGAAACUCCAAAACAAAGCUGGAAUAGCUCCCUCUCAUGAAACCUUGGUGCAUGCCCUUGUAAAGACUCCUCAAAACCAAGCAAACUCCACUUAAUGAUGCAGGWAGAUCUUUUYGGUUCGUGGGGGUUUGUUCCCACAACCCUAAAGCCUAUGUGCUAGCACUGUAUCACCAUUUUCUGCUGUGAUGUAUUGCUAGUUGCCCRCUUCUUGUUUUCCAUUUUUGCCAUUUUAUUUAAUAGCGUAUUAUCAAAUAUGAUUUUAGAGCAAUCGUUAGCUUGAUAAACAAAUAAGUCAARCCAAAACCACAUGAGCAUUGGAAAACUAUUCUUAAAUUAUAAAUUGGCUUAUAUUUGAGAAACAAUGAAAAUAUUAAUUAUUAAUAAUCAAUUGAUAAUUUAUUCAUGAUAUAGAAAUAUGUGCUGCAAUUACAUUUUGUGCUGCAAAGGAUGAUGGRRGUUGUAGUCAUCACACUUUUUCAUGUCCACUAAAAUAGUUUCCUGAAACUGUUCUUUUGUUUUUUCUUUGCAAACACAAAAGUAGCUGUGCCAUUUCUACAAAGAAAAUUUGUAGAUUUUUAAGGGGAUCAAAUACAUUGUAAGUACAAGGACUGCAGGACCAAAGUUGCUUUGUUGUUCAAAAUGGCCUUGCUGCACAUUAUCUAUUYAGCAUUGAAAUUUUCUCUGAUCUUUGUUUCACAAAAACAAGGUAUUGUUAAUUGUUUCUGUAGAACAAAGUUCACUCGACGUWUAAGAUAUAUAAUUCCUGGUUUGCAAUCAUUGAUAACAUUGAGUCAGUUUGAAUGAAGAAAAGGCAGUCAGUUGGUUGGAUGAAUGUUAGGUAAAAGCUACAACAAUAACUUUGAAUGGUGAAAAUUUGUUUUACAGACUCUCUUGGGAGUGAUUGCAAUUAAAUCCAUCAAUAGCAACAUUAGUACAUUGUACAACUAAGAUAUUUAUGCAUCAGUCUUUUGAGACCUGUGCCUCAGCUGCUAAAGAAACAUUUCAAAUUUUCAUAUUGUUCUCACAGUGUUUGUGCUGGAACUCUGAGAUAUAAUUUGCUUCCUUCRCCUGUCAACAUCUUUGAUAGUACCAAAUUUCCACAUAGAGUAUCCCAGAAAUAACUUAAGAGGAAAUUAUACCCUCUUUGUUGUUCUUUGCGUAAAGACUUAUGAAUCAGUUGUAUAUUAUGCAGCUUGCACUUGAGAAUCAAAAUCAAACAUCUAUUAAAAAAAUUGCUGCAACUGAAAGGAGUGUCAUAAAAUUUGUUAUUUUGUGAUGUUUGUGCAUAUUACCAUAUUACUAUAAAAAAUUGAAAUACAGCAAAAAAAGGAACAUUUGUCAUCCUAAUACACAUUUCUUGCAAUAUAUCUUUUCAAGUUAACAACAUGCAUAUUAUGUGCAAACAUGGCAAAAAAAAUACUAAUUUUAGAACACUUUUUUCAGUGACAGAAAACUUUUUGUAACUGCAAUCUAAAUCUCAAAAUAGUAAAAUGGGUCAUUGUCAAAUGUGACUACAACUACCUUUAAAAGAAUAUCAGCUAUUAUAUUAGAAAAUUAUAUCCAGAAUUAGAAAUGCAAAAUGAAAUUUUGGGGGUUUUGGCUUCAAUUGAUAGAUGCACUACUCUUAUGUUUAUUAAGGAAAAUUAAUAGUAAAAUGGGUUGCCAUACAAAAAAAAGAACUAUGAUAGGAAAAUGAUGAUACUAAUGAAUGCUAGUUGAGACAUACAUAGCUCUUUCUCUAUUAGAAUAAUAUACAGUGGUUUGAAGAAUGCUGAAUGCUAAUAUACAGAUAUCAAUAUACAAUUAAAACAUAUUGAACUAAUCAUUAAACUUUAGAAUUCAGUAUGUUUUUAUAAAUGUGAAUAAGCAUAAUUUCAAAGAGCUUGAUUUUUAAUUGCAAUCUUUUUUAGUGAGAAAAGAGUGGUAAUCACUAAACAGGGUUCGUGCUACUCCUUUAAAUCCUUGAAAACUCGUGGAAAACUCCUUUUAUCAGAUGAAAUUGACAAGUGUUGCUUUUUAUUGUUUUGAUUGAAAUGAGCUAUGUUUACAAGAAGUAACAUAAAAAAGUCCUGGGAUUUUGUAGUGAAUAUGUACCAUUGAUAUAAUACAGCCUUUUGCAAAAAUUAUGAGAAUUGUCGAAAUAUCUAAAUAUCAUAAUAUCGAGUGCAUGAUGAGUAAUCCCGCGCGAUGCC